GGCUACGGCUGGCGAGCAGGUGAGUCCAGCCGCCUCCCAGAGGAGUAGCCAGGCCACCGCCCGGACGGCCACGGCCGGGGGAGCCAGGACGCCGGAGAACGCGCGCCCCAGAAGAGCGCGCGGGGACAAAAUGCGGUCGGAGGAACCUGCGCACGCCUCACACCGCUCCUAGAGCGCGCUGUCACGGAGUUAGGGACCGGGACGGAAGACUCGCUGCGCGCACGCCAGCGGUUCACCCGUUACCCUGCUCCCCGCAUCCCCGGUCCCGGAAUGUUCUGGCGUCAAGGAGGCCGCGGUCCCGCCCCCUCGUCGCCCCGCCCCUCGCACUCCCGGUCGGGGGCGGAGCGAGGAGCUGCGCAAGCGCCGUGACGUAUGCCAGGGCAGUUGCUCUAGGGACCGCUCAGCGGUCCUCCAGCAUGACUCCGAGCCCCGCGCGGUGUCCUGGGAACAGCCAAGCCCAGCUCCCGACGUCCACCUCCAAUUCCAGCAGGAAGUCAUUACGCGACUGACACAUUUUCAUCAGAUUUCCUCUGAUUUACCGUGAAGUGUAUGUGAGAAUGAUGUGCACUGCCAAGAAAUGUGGAAUUAGGUUCCAGCCUCCGGCUGUUAUCUUAAUCUAUGAGAAUGAAAUGAAGGGGAAAAGUCGCCAGCGCAUCAUGCCAGUCCGAAACUUUUCAAAGUAUUCAGAUUGCAGCAGAGCUGCUGAACAAUUAAAGAAUAAUCCACGACACAAGGGUUACCUGGAACAGGUAUCCCUGAAGCAACUAGAGAAGUUAUUCAGUUUUUUACGAGGUUACUUGUGGGGGCAGAGUUUGGCAGAAACAAUGGAACAAAUUCAGCGGGAAACAACCAUUGAUCCUGAGGAAGACCUGAACAAACUAGAUGACAAGGAGCUUGCCAAAAGGAAGAGCAUCAUGGAUGAACUUUUUGAGAAAAAUCAGAAGAAGAAGGAUGAUCCAAAUUUUGUUUAUGACAUUGAAGUGGAGUUCCCACAGGACGAACAACUACAGUCCUGUGGCUGGGACACAGAGUCAGCUGAUGAGUCCUGAUAACCAAAAACUAAAACAAAAAUUAUCGGGUAGUAAAAAAUCCAUGUUUAUACAAGA